AUGAAAGAGUCACUCAAAAUGAUUAAAUUAUUUAAGAAGAAGGUAAAACAAUACAGCAUGGAUGUACUACUAAAUCAAUUAUCCUCAUUAACCGUUAAGGGUGUUUGCUUUAAAUCUGAUUCUCCAGAUGUUUUCUCAACGUUUCAAGGUUAUAAAUACAACGUUCUCGAAAAACCAGAUUACUCAAAAAUUGAGAUGUUUAUGAAUUUCAUUAAAGAAGCCAUUUGUGAUAAUAACGAUGAAGUGUAUAAAUACCUUCUCGGCUGGAUUGCAUCAAUGAUUCAACAUCCUGGAAUCAAGAAUGAAACAGCAAUUAUUUUGAAAGGACUUCAGGGAACAGGUAAAAACAGAUUUACAGACAUUAUUUCUGAACUUCUCGCUGGUUAUUCAUGUAAAAACAUUACCGAAAUAAGUGAGCUAACGGGUAAUUUCAAUUCAGUAGUUGAGAAUAAAAUGUUUCUUGUACUUAAUGAACUCAAGAAUGUGGGUGAAGACAGACUCGCAAACUUCAACGCUUUGAAAUCAAUUAUUACGGAUAAUGAGAUUAGAAUUAAUGAAAAGAAUCAACCCAGAAGAACUGCUCAGAAUGUUGCAAACUUCAUUUUCGUAACUAACAACGUCUACCCUGUCAAAAUUGAAGUUGGAGACAGAAGAUACGUAGUUUUAAGAGUUAAUGGUAAAUUCAAGGGUCAAUUUGAUUACUUCAAGAAUUUAAUGGAUUCAUGCACAAAGGAAUUUUAUGAUAAUUUACUGACGUAUUUUAUGCAAUAUGACCUUUCAUCAUUUAAUGUACGAAUCAUACCGAUGACUGAAGCCAAACAAGAUUUAAUUGAAUUAUCAUCAAAUCCUUUAGAUGUAUGGAUAAAUACACAUUAUGAUGAAUUGUGUGCAGGUAUGACGUGUGAAAAUGCUCUAUUCUGCAAACCAUCAGACAUGAAAGACAAAAACUUUCAAAUGAGUAUUAAGGAUAAAUGUGAUAGGAAACAUAGAAGAAUAGACGGUAAACAGAUAUGGUAUUAUGUUUUGAAAGAAGAAAUGAAAGGAUUAUAUAAACAGGUUGAACCAAACGAUAAUGAGGAAUCAUUUACUGAUGAUGAAAUACCUGUAAAUGAGCCGCUAAGCGGCGAGACCUGA